GGCCCUGCUCCGAUAUUUACUCGGAGGAGUUUCCCAAGUCUAUAGAGAUGGCUCAGCAAUUUGUGAAUUGCAAGAUCCGGGCUGACAAGGUGGUGGUCUUCAUCAAGCCCACCUGUCCUUACUGCCGAAAAACUGUAGAGCUUCUCAAGCAGCUGCCCAUCAAACCGGAGUCCUUGGAAUUUGUCGACAUAACUGCCCAGAGCGAUACAAAUGCGAUCCAAGAUUAUUUGCAGCAGCUUACGGGGGCUAGAACCGUUCCUCGGGUGUUUAUUGGUAAAGACUGUAUUGGUGGAUGCUCAGAUCUCCAGGCUAUGGAACAGAAUGGGCAGCUGCUACAAAAACUAAAACAAAUUGGAGUAUUACAAUAACUUCCAGGUCCUUGGAAAAUGGAAUCUUAAAUGAUGCUGUGCUGGAAUACAUGCCAAUCUUGCCUCUCCUUCAACACCUCCUGUCCUUCAAGAACACUUUAUUUUAAUUCCUAACAUGUUAAACCUGGAAAAGGUUGUUGUUUUUUUCCUGGAGAUGUUUCUUCUCCUACUGUCUUUCACAUUUCCAAAUGACCUGGGAUCUCUAGUAGCUUAGCCAGCUCAAUAUUAAAAGGUCAACUAGCUCACCCAAAAUCCUAUGGGAGAACUUGAUAAUUCCUUACUCCAACUAAAUAUUUUCUUUGGUCUUCAUCUUGUGACUCUAGUACAUAGAGACACAUGGUUUUAUUCUGGUUCAAUCAUCUAGCUUCCAAAGGCUUUUUACGAGGUUCUGCCUUGGAAUUGAAUGAAUUUAAUAACAAAAAUUUAUAGUUUGGAAACUACAAGAGGCCUCAAGAGAUUUAAAUGAGAGGCCAAAGGGUGUCCUUCAAAGAAAUUUCUCCUGUGUGUUCUUCACAUUUUCUUUCUGUCCACUAGGGUUCUCGAGCUCUCUUUCCACAGGAUCAUAUAGUUAGGGUUGAAAAAAGGGACCUAAGAGACUACCUGCUCCACCCCAUCCUUUCAUAGAUGAACUGAGUAUUGGGAGCAGAUCGGUCUUGUAAAUGACCUAACAUUAUGAAAAUCUUAUUUCAGUAAUCAUGACCUUUUGAAAAUUGAGAAUCUUUCAAUAUAAAAUUUAGUUGUUUUUUUUUGAGGAGGGUGUCUACAAGUACUGAUACUAGUCACAAAUCUUAUGAAAGUGGUGUCAUUUCCUAGAACAUCUUAUAGAGUUGAUUGAUUGUUGGGUUAGAUUCCUAUCAGCUUCCUAAAAUAAUGGUCAUAAUCUACAAUAUAGAAGAGUGAAUGAAAUAUGAUUUGAAAUUGCAAAAAUAAGUCAUGUAGAAUUUCAGUAGGUGUAAUUCAAUAAAAUACUAAUUUAGAUUUGAUUCUAUCUUGGUAACAUUCUUCUGAAUAAUAUCUCUCAAAUCUAGUAUAAUGCAGAAAAUGAAAAGGAACUGUGGACCAGAAAGAAUUUAGAAAAAAACUUACCCAAUAGUGGAAUAAGAGUAAAAAGAAAGUAAUAAAGAAUUAAGAGAGUAAUAGCUAGGUGACACAGUGGAUAAAGCAGUGGGCUUGGA